UUUAUAAGGAAAAUGAGUAUGGGAUCAUUUGAGAUUUCUUUCAGGAAGAAAGAAAUAGAGGAGGAGGAGCAGGAAGAGAGGAGUUCGAAUGUUGUGAUUGGAAUUGUGAUGACGUUUUUGGCUUUGUGAGGAGGGGCUUCGAUUUUGCCCUUGGUGGAUGAGUAUAAGGGUGUCAAUAUAGUCAUUAGAACUCUUUGGAGAUGCCAGCUCCUCGUAAUCUACUCUUUGCCAUUAGCAGCUUAUUUUAUUUAUAAGAACAGGAACAGUCUAGAUACGAAGAAGAUAUUUACGAAAGAGACUUGUUUAGAGUUUUUAGCACAUGCGUGCUUGUGGUCCUAUACUACAACUAUGUUUGUAUGGAGCUCAGAUUUCACCCUGGUUUCACAUACAGGACUUUUGGGGAAUCUGUCAGGUGUCUGAAUUGUUACCUGGAACCUUCUGAGGAAAGUACCAGUGCAUUAUUUAGAGAUUUAUGGGACUAUUGUAGUGGUGAUAUCUGCAAUUGUAUUUAUGAAUGAUAGUACAUCCACUAAAACUAAUGGCCAAACAAACAUUCUUUUGGGAGAUAUAAUAGGACUAAGUUCUUCCCCAACAUUUGCUAUAUACUUUAUUGUAAGUGCAAGAUUACUCAAAAAGCUCCCUGCAAUGGUAGUCCUUGAGGUCAGCUUUGCGAUUCAAUUAGUUCUAUAUUUUGUUUUCACUAUUAGUAUCAUGGAUACUGAGAAUUUUUAUUCAUUUGAUCCCCAAUUUGGAAUAUUAGGUUGGGCUUCAAAUACUUAUUUGGUGCACUCUCUUUUAUUUGUGGGAACGUUUACAGGACUUCUCGGAGUGGGAGGUUAUGUGUUUACUCUGAACUUCUUUCCUCCUCAUAUUGUUGGGAAUAUCUUUCUUCUAGAACCUGUAUUUGCACAGACUCUCGGAUGUAUUCUUGGACAAGACAAUCCACCUGGUAUUAUUACAUAUCUUGGCGUUACUGGGAUCACUGUAGGAUUAGGGAUCUGCAUUCAGGGAGAUUUACUCAGGAGGAAGCAAACUCUUCAAGACUUAAAGACUCAGAAGCAAAGCCUUAAAGAUGAUGAAGCUAACUCUAUUGAGUCUAGUUUAAUCAUAAAACCAUAAGACUAAUGAUAACUUUACAAGGUUGAUAAAGAUUUCCAAA